UUUCCGCUCGUUGAUAAAGUGAGAGCUCAGUUGCAGCAGCGUGACAUUGAGGACACAUCUGGAAUCAUGGCAUCCACACUGGUGGCGCUACAACUGACUCUGCUUCUGGCAGUCGUUCAUGGGCUGUCUUCCUCAAACUUCGAAGAAUACCAAGAACAAUGGCUUAACCCGAAGACGAUUUAUUUGGCUAACGACAACGGCGCUGUGAACGUCACCGUUAGAUAUGAUUCUCCCAGGCAGGUGACCCCGUUAUGGUGGAUCAAUGGAAAACUCGGUGUAGAUGGUGAUGAUGGUCUCAGAACGGACGUUGCAUUUUCCGUUAUGAAACGGCACACAACGGAGUCGAAUACUGGUACCAGACGGCGUCGAUACGUAUCCCAGGAUCCUUCCAAAUCGAAUCACUUGAGCUCCAGUUGGCAGGAAAAUCCAUCGACGUCACCAUCACCAUCAACGUCGUGGCGAUAUCACCCGGGAAGUCCAUGUUGGAGUACAUCCCCAAAUACGAGUAUAAAGUGACUCCAAAGGAUCGUGUCAGCUACAACGCCGGAGAUCCCAUCCUUAUCCGCACAACCUUCAAAGCAAAGGACAUUGGACAUGGUACAUGGCACGGCCUUAAAGCGGAGUUCACCAGUAUCAAUGACUGCAUAACUCCUCCAAGAAUCAAGAUCAGAACUGCCGAAUCAGACUCCGAAUUCCUUGAAGUCACUACUCCUACACGUGAUGAUAAUCUCAAUUUGGAUGAGUUAUUUGUUAUUGAUAAACCAAGGUACAGUGUGCGGCGUGUGAACGUGAACUACAAUUCAUCCGGUGACCUACCCCGGGGCAUUCUGAAAGUCACCAAUGGCUUCAGUUUGACAAGGUCAUGUGUACUGUUUGCGGGGGUCAAGGUCACGUACAUGCUGUUCCUGCAACCACCACCUGUUUCCCAUUUGUUUGCGGAAAGGCUAGUUGUUUUUGACAAGGUGGAGAGAAAUUACUAUGUUGAAAAUGGCGGCGACAUCGAUGUGGAAUUGAAGGCUUUUGGGGGCAGUGAGGUUGAAGAUAUAUGGAGGGAAUCAUUGUAUGAAUAUCCAAAUAUCACGCUCAUGAGAAGUAGGCAAAAGGUAGAACCUGUUGCUGAUGUUAAACGCUACUUCGAAAGAGAGGUCCACUUCCGGUUCCGGUCAGUGACUUCGGCCCAAGCUGGGAGGUACCUGGCAGUAGCCAAGAUUAAGUCACGUAAUGGAACGGGCAGGGCAAAUGCUGAUUUCAACAUCAACGUCCUCAAUGUCAUUUAAUUAAUAUCAACGUCCUCAAUGUCAUUUAGUUAAAUGUCAGCAAGGUAAUAAAUCGGAUCGAAGAAGCA